AGAAAACAAGAAACGGUGUAAGCGUUCAGAAGGUGAAGGUCAUCAAAACACAAACGCACGGGAUGAUCAAAAUACGAGGACGUGUUAGAUAUCACGCAGGGUCACUGGCACGACAAACUAUGAAUGCACAUCGAUUAAGAUAAAGGAACAGUGAGAGUUGCUCAGUAAAACAAAGGUCGACCAUCCACCAUGGCUAACAUCAUUGAGUUCACCUCCAGUUGCUUUUUCUACUUGAACCAAUACUUCCGGGCAUUUUGGCCAAUCAAGAUUUUGUUUGGCCCGACUUUGCGACCUCCAUCUACCGAGACGGAGCUCAGAAUCGUGCGAGCCAUCUAUCUCCUAAGACACCAGGACAAUUUGGAGGCGGUAAUGGAGAUAGCGAGUUCUCUCCCCAAGGACGAGGACAUCCACAGUGUGUUUGACCAGCACACCAAAUACAACCUCCUGCAGUUGGCGGUGAUCAACAACACCAAGGAGUUGGUAAACAAGUUAGUGCAACACAGCUACGGACAUCUUAAUCUGAAGUGCAACACCCCGGAACACCUGGCCGCUUACCUGGGGCAUUACGGUAUUCUGGAAGUGCUGCUGGAGAAGGGAGGGGGAGGGAGUGAACAGAUCGCAGGGAUGUGUUACCCAGGGCCCCACUCCCCCGUGGAAGUGCACAAGAUUCUUGGCCUUCUGGAUUACUCCUAUUACAAGUGUCAGCUUAAUGUGGACUUGCCGGUUUUCUACGCAAUCUCCCGGGACAAUGUGAGCUGUGUGAAGCUUCUUCUUACCCACAUGCAGACUGAAGGAGUCAACUUGCCCUCUCCCUCUCGCCUUCUUCACUUCGCGUGCUGUAAAGGAACUAUCGACUGUCUUCGCUACUUCGUCGAGAAAUACCCAAACGAAGUGAACUCUCUGAAUUCCAAGAAGGAGACUCCUCUUCUUCAGGCUGUGGUGUGGGGAAGAGAGUGUGCUAAAUGUCUCAUUGAUAAUGGUGCUGACGUGAAAAGCGUCUCUAAGACAGGUGAAACGGCCCUUCACCGACUCUACUGUAACGACAUUGAUGGCUUGUUCACCAUCUACGACACUACCAAGUACUUACUGACAACUGGUAUUGAACAGUUGGUCAACGAAGUGAACACUUCAAUGGAAACACCCCUGCAUUACCUGGUGACGCAUGUGUCGUUCAUUGGAGGAAAUCUUCUCCAUCCUAACCAAGCUCAGAACCACGUCACUCGAUUACAGUUACAGCCGGACUACCAAGACCAGGUUAUACAGUCACUGGAACUCCUGCUGAAGUUCAAUGCCGACCCGCUGAGGGAAAACCGAUUUGGUCUCCAGCCCAUGAACAAACUAAUGCAUGUGACUUUGAAAUCCUGUGGAUCGCUUGGCGACUUAGUGCCUGACUGUGUUAAGUUUUCUAUCGACUCCAAAUAUCUCUACAAAAAUGACUACCGACAUCUAAAUAGUGCUCUUGAAGUUCUCCUGAAGCAUGGAUCGGACCCCAACAGUCUUUGCUCUGAGGGUCAUUCCUCAUAUCUCAUGUAUCUCCAGUGUUUAUUGGAAAACAAUAUUGUGGAGCUGUGCAACCAGGCCCAAGGGGUCAUCUCCUCAUUACUCACACUGUUAAAACAUGGUUCCAAAGUCAAUUUUCAGAUGAAUAAUGGAUCCACAUGUUCCUCUAUUCUGGCCAAGUUUGCAGCCAGGUACUUUACGAUACCAUCAUCCGAAGACUCUCAAAUUCUACGAGACCAGUUCUCUGAUCUCGUUUGUGAAGUUCUGAAGGCCCACUUUAUACAUGGGCUGAAUCCCAAUGUGUUAACUAGUGCUAAGAGUCAUUAUUUGAAAGGGGGAACUGGAAAUGCCAUGAUUGAAUUUGUUCAUCUGUCAAAGCUUGCCAAAAAUCCGGCGGACUUUGUCACGAUACGUCGCUGGUUAACGGUGAUCCUACAAUGGGGCGGGGAUCCUGAUGUCGAACCUUACCAAUCAGAGCCCAUUAUAUGCCAUUCCCAGAGUUCCAUAUUCCUCCGUCAUCAGGGCACUCAGCCAGUGGGACAUUACAUUCACGAAAUGAAGGACGAAGAGACACUCUAUAAGGACGGUUACGCUGAGGAACUACUGAUGUUGUUUUAUCGAACCAUGAGUCACAAGGAACUGUACGAUUGUCUGAAUUCCACGCGCUCCAUGACAAGAUUUCAUCCAAUGGGAGCAGUCGGAAAGAAACUGUUGCAGAUUUUAAGUUCCAUGACGGAGAGUCCGAGAAGCUUGUCUGACAUUUCCCGCGUUGCGAUUUACAAAUCUAUUGACCGACAACUUGCUUUGAAAGUGCCUCUUUUGCCUAUUCCCAAUUUAAUGAAAAAGUAUCUCCUUGAAGUUCAAUAAGGUGUGUUGUGUAACAAAGUGAUUAAUAUGCUUGCACAAGUUUUUACAUUAAGCAAGAUAGAUUACAUGUUAGACAAAUACUGUAAUAUCCCCAUUAACUGUCCAGGUUGCAGUUUGAUAAUCUUGUACAAGAUAGAUAUGUAAGUUUCAUAUAUGUUUCAAAUUUUGCAGUUUAGAGGAUGUAAUGAAAUUGUGCUGUUGAAUUUUGUCUAAGAAAGUAAUAUUGCUUCACUAUGAUCAUAGUAUUCUUUUUUAUGAUAAAGUAUAAUGGGUGGUUAUAAUUAAGUUAAUUAUAUGAACAAUUACAAAUAGUAGCCUUUAUGUCAAUGACAUACAAAUUCACAAAAGUCUCUCUGGUGGAAAAAAAACCCAAAUUAUUAAAUACAAUAUCCAUAUGAUUAAAUUGAAAGUUGUGAACCCUAAAAAUUCGGAAGUAGUGCAAAUUUUUUAAUGGUUUUUUGAAGAAAAAAUUAAAAUAGAAGACUGUAUAAGCGAGUUUUUUUUUCAAACAAAGGUGAAAGCUCUUGGCUCAUUAUUGGGAUGAAACUGUAUAUAUAUUUAGCAAGCAUACAGUGCUGCAUCUACUGAAUGACAAUUAUUGUUGUUUUCUGCAUUGAACAAAAAAACCCAGAAAACAUUGUUCUUCAGUGAUUAUUUUUGAAGUUGGUAUACAUAUGUAUUUUUGUUAUAUUUGGUGUUGAAUUAAAAAAUCUAAUUUGA